GGGGCGCUCGCCUCUCCGCCUCACUCGCAGCUGCUGGACGCGCGGACCUCUGACCCUGGAGUCUCCCUGCCGCCGGCAUCCGUCCCCGUGGGUCGUCGCCCGGGCCGCCCGUUGUUCCCCGGCCCGCAGGGGCCCGGCCGGCCGCGGUGCGGGGAGCGGGCAGCAUGAGCCGGGGGACCCGGCGGGCCGGCGCGGGGCGGGGGACGGCCGCUGUGCGGCUGCUGGUCACCCUGAGCCUUCUCCCGGGCGUCGUCGAGGCCCAGGUCACUGGAGUCCUAGAUGAUUGCUUGUGUGAUGUUGAUAGCAUCGAUAAAUUCAACACCUUCAAAAUCUUCCCCAAAAUAAAAAAACUGCAAGAGCGAGACUACUUCCGUUAUUACAAGGUCAACCUGAAGCGACCGUGUCCUUUCUGGGCAGAAGAUGGCCAUUGUUCAAUAAAAGACUGUCACGUGGAGCCCUGUCCAGAGAGUAAAAUUCCAGUUGGAAUUAAAGCUGGGAGUUCUAAUAAGUACUCAAAAGUGGCAAACAAUACCAAAGAAUUAGAAGACUGUGAGCAAGCUAAUAAGCUGGGAGCAAUUAACAGCACAUUAAGUAGUCAAAGCAAAGAAGCUUUCAUUGACUGGGCAAGAUACGAUGAUUCACAGGAUCACUUUUGUGAACUUGAUGAUGAGAGGUCUCCAGCUGCUCAAUAUGUAGACCUGUUGCUGAACCCAGAGCGUUACACUGGCUACAAGGGUCCGUCUGCGUGGAGAGUGUGGAACAGCAUCUACGAAGAAAACUGUUUCAAGCCUCGAUCUGUUUAUCGUCCUUUAAACCCUCUGGCACCCAGCCGAGGAGAAGAUGAUGGAGAAUCAUUCUACACAUGGCUAGAAGGUUUAUGUCUAGAGAAAAGAGUCUUCUAUAAGCUUAUAUCAGGACUUCAUGCUAGUAUCAAUUUACAUCUAUGCGCGAAUUAUCUUCUGGAAGAAACCUGGGGUAAGCCUAGCUGGGGACCAAAUAUCAAAGAAUUUAAACGCCGCUUUGACCCUGCGGAAACCAAGGGAGAAGGUCCAAGAAGGCUAAAGAAUCUCUACUUUUUAUACUUAAUUGAGCUUAGAGCUUUAUCAAAGGUGGCCCCAUAUUUUGAGCGCUCAAUUGUUGAUCUUUACACUGGAAAUGUAGAGGAUGAUGCUGACACAAAAACCCUCCUACUGGAUAUCUUUCAAGAUACAAAGUCUUUUCCCAUGCACUUUGACGAGAAAUCCAUGUUCGCAGGUGACAAAAAGGGAGCCAAAUCGUUAAAGGAGGAAUUCCGGUUACAUUUCAAGAAUAUCUCCCGCAUAAUGGACUGUGUUGGAUGUGACAAAUGCAGAUUGUGGGGGAAAUUGCAGACUCAGGGCUUAGGAACUGCCCUGAAGAUAUUAUUCUCUGAAAAAGAAAUCCAAAAGCUUCCAGAAAACAGCCCAUCGAAAGGCUUCCAACUCACCCGACAGGAAAUAGUUGCUCUUUUAAAUGCUUUUGGAAGGCUUUCUACAAGUAUAAGAGAAUUACAGAAUUUUAAAGUCUUAUUACAACACAGUAGGUAAUAAAGGCUUUUAUAUGUCUAAUUAGAGACAUAAAGUGACUGUGUGAAGACUUUUACUCUUGGACAUUCAGCAAAAGGAGACUAAUCAUCAAAGACUUUGAGAAUUCUGAACUCUGAAAGAGAAAGUUCAAAUGUUCACUUGAAUAUUUAUGAUUCGUAAUAGACUAUCAAUUAGAGGUAUUUAUAAAUGAAGUAUAUACUUUUAAAACAUAUGUUAUACUAAUUCUGUUUAAUUUCAUGUUUUCAUCUAUUGAAUAUUUUGCUCUUCUGUUCAGAAUUGCUUUUGUUCUUAUUCUGCUGUAUUUCCAGUUGUCAAACUGAAAUGACAAUGUCUCCAUCCUAAUAACACUGUUAACAGUCUGUUAUGGAAAAGGAGAGCUAGGGAACUAAUGUUGCUUAGGGCUGGUCUCAAUGAUAACGAUUUAUCAAUGAUGUUUAAAUGUGUGUCUCACCUUGCCUAGCUCUGUGUCACCUUCUACAAUAUGGAAGUGUCAGCAUGAUGAAAGCCCUUUCAGUGUAUAGUUCUAGAAGUUACUUAAGAAUCCCCAGGACUUCAACUUCAGUUUCACUGGCUUUGAGUUAAAUUUGUAGUUGCUGUUUUUGCUGUUUUGUUUUGGUCUAAAGUACCUGCGUUGGUCAAGGUGAAUAAGGACUGUCCCCUAUGCCACCAGCCAGAUUUCCUGUGUGUAGUGGGCUGGCUCAGGAGGACUCCUUACUUAGAACUUAGAAAUCAGUUUUUUUUAAAUUUUGCGUUUCUUUGUUCCUACUCCAGUUUUAGAAAUUUUCAUUUACUCUAAAAAAAACCAAAAAACAAAAAAAGCAUAAAUAUUUAAGUUUCCAUCUUGAUUAAAUUUGAAUGGGAUUUUAUGAAUUUAUAAUGCCAAUUUAAAACAUUAUAUGCACAGAAUUUACUAUUUUAAAUUAGAAUAAGCAUUUUUAAAGGAUUUUAUUUUAGAAUACAAUCUAUGCAAUCUUCUCAAUCUGAUUUGCUUUCAUAGGAUAUUUAAGCAGGUAGAUUAGUUCAAGCCUCUUUUAAGCUUCCCGUCUCUCUGCCUUUUCAUUUUAGUUCAGUGUAUAUAAAUGGUACUUCAUGUGACUUGUACCAAUAGAUGACUCAGUCCUAAACAGUCAUUUUCUAAACCUGGAUUUAAAUAUCUUUAAUAGUUAAAAUAGUAUUCUUAAAAAAGGUGUUAGUAGAUACAAUGUGGUUCAUUUGGAAGAUUGCAUCUGUGUGGAAGUCAUUUUUCCUUAGAUUCUUCAGUCUCCUACGAAAUAAACAAGUGCUCUUAAACCCGUAUCUUCUCCUGCCAAAGUCAGAAAUGUGCUCAUUGAUGACUUAGUGAUGUAUUUUAAUUGUAUUUAGUUGGCUCACCCCUCUUUUAAAAAUAUUUAGUCACCCUAGGAGGCAGGGCUAUGGUAGGAGAGAGUAAGGUCUCACUAAUUUCUUACCAUUUCUAACCUUUAUAGAUCCAGGGUUUUGGUGGGGGGAGUGGUAAGUCGAAUGAAACAGGUUGGCUUGAUUAGAGCCGCCUCCUCGUUUUCAUGUUUAUUGUAUGGUGGGAGAGGGCGACCUUACGGUAAACUUGUCUAAAAAGUGAAUAUCUAAGUAAUCUUGCUGGUAAAUUAAUAAGAAUUAUUCUUAGUGUUCAUUCAAAGUUUAAGAAAAUGUGAGUUUUGCACUUGUCUAUUUUUACUAUAAGUUGAAACAUCUUUUUGGUAGUGUUACUUCAGUGUUCCAUUAUUAAAGAUAAAGGCUAUUAUUAAAACUCUGUUUAUUGCAGAAAAUCCUUGGCCAUUUCCAUUUAUUGCUUUUUUUCUUUACAGUGAUUUGAAGUUUAGGAAAAAUUGUAUGUUAGAGUGAGUGCUAGGAAAUUAAAAGGUCUAAUUAGGGUUAAAAGUUCUUUUCAAAGUUUUAACAAAUUUUUUCACUACCAAGAAAAUAAAUGAAGUAUUCUUAAGCUGAAAUUUGGUUAUAUUACCAUAAAUUAGAUUGUGGGGGGCAGCCUCCAUUUUUGUGUAUGUGUGUAUUUCUUAAAUGAUUGUUAAGCUGUAGGAAUCUUUGUUUUGUGGGCCUGGUGAUGUUUUUUGGUCCUUGUUAUAUAAGCUGUUUUUCCAAUUCACAUAGUUUUUGUUGUGUAGUGAUACUAAAGUACUGGUUGCUUUGUAAAAAUGCUUGGCUGGUAAUACCUCUCGGCAUUUUGUCUUAUCUCAUCACCUAAUUUAAAAAUCCAGCACUUGAUAAUCCAGCACUGACAGAAAUGAUUGUACCAGCUGAUGAAGUAAUGAAGAGGAGGAAAAGAUCCCUUCCUUCAAUGGCAUGAGUUUGUUUUGGUUUUUUCUUAAGUGGCAUCUAUGUAAGUUAGAAAAACUAUAUAUUAAAGUUGGUAAAAUGUGAA